GUUUCUUAUGCAAUACCAGAUUUGCUUUAUUUCAACUGUUAUAGCCAACAGCGAAAGAGAUGACCAAGAAUCGAGUAAAAACCAUCUUUGUUAUUUCCUUGCUCGUGGCAUUUGUUAAUACUAAAAAUUCUAUCGAUGAAACUCACGAAGUUCUUCUUAAUGAAGAGUUUGAUUUUAAGUUUAAGUGGCGGAUUGACAGAGAAGAUAUCCUCAUCGAAAUGAGUGCUAACUCACUAGGGUAUGUUGCCAUUGGGUUUUCUCCAAAUGGUGGUAUGCCUGGUUCUGAUAUUGUCGUCGGAUGGGUUAAAGAUGACGAGGCAUUUUUGUCUGACCGCCAUGCUAAAACUAAUUCCAUGCCAGAGGUGGAUGUAUCCAGUGACUACGAUAUCCAGUAUGGAUUUGAAGAAGGAGGUAGAACAACAAUCGGAUUUAAACGUACACUGAAUACAUGUGAUGACGAUGACUAUGUUAUUAAUAGUGACACGGCAAGAGUUAUUUGGGCAGUGAAUGAAAUGGAUCCAGAAGACACAGACAAUUUGAUAUACCACGGCCCGUCCCGCGGGGUUCGCUCCGUCGUGCUACUCAACGCUCCGGAAAAGUCAAUCACUUUACCAGAAGAUGUCGCUUCAUUUGAAUUAUUCAUGCCAAACGUGACUGUACCUAGUGACUCUGACACGACCUACUGGUGCACUUCCUUUGCAGUUCCAGCAUUUGACAACCCAGUUCAUGUUGUUCGAUUUGAAACUAUUGUCCAAGAAGGCCAUGAAUCUCUGGUCCAUCACCUCAUUGCAUAUAGCUGCAAUAGUGAGAAUGUCAACUGGUCCGGCAUUUGUUACACAAGUAAUAUGCCUGAUGACUUUUGGAAUUGCAGACGUAUGAUAUAUGGAUGGGCUGUCGGUAGUGGUCCAUUGGAUUUUCCUGAUCAUGCUGGAUUGUCACUUGGUAGGGGAAAUGAUUCUACAAUCAUAUUGAUUGAGAUGCAUUAUGACAACCCAGGGCAUUCAGCAGAUUUUCAUGACAAUUCUGGAGUAAGGGUUUAUUACACACCCACACUACGUCAGUACGAAGCGGAGGUAUGGAUGAUUGGCGAGGAAGUAUCACCUCUUCAAAGCAUUCCACCAAAUGAAAAGGCAUUCAAAACAUUUGGAUUUUGUUUCGGAGAUUGCACAAAACAAGUUUUGGAAGAAGACAUAAAGAUAAUUGCAGUAGGUUUGCAUGGUCACCUUGCAGCUACAAAAAUUAGUCUUCAACAUUAUCGUAAUGGAAGUUUGAUCGACGAUUUGGCACGUGAUGACAACUAUGACUUCAACCUUCAAGAAUUUCGAUAUUUUGAAACCGAAAAAGUUUUCAAACCGGGUGAUGAAUUUGUAGUGACAUGUGUAUAUAAGACAGUGGGCAGAGAAAAUAUUACAGUCGGCGGCUUGGGCACAAGACAAGAAAUGUGUUUGGCUUUUGUGGUUUACUAUCCAAAACAAUCCAAAGCUGGUGCCUGUUUGUCUUCACCGGACAGAUUUGCAUUCUACAAUACGUUCAAUAUUAGCGAAUAUGAUAUUUGUAACUAUUGGAGUCCUCAAUGUUUGAUCGAGACACUGGGAUCAGUGGAACCAAGCGUAUUGCGAGAUGGCUUACGCCAAGUGUCAUAUGGGAGCAAGCGAAGAAAUUAUUGUAUGAAUUAUGAGUGGGACAAUAUCGGUGAUGUACAGUUGUAUGAUUUUCCUGCGUGGUUCAGCGAGAAUGAUCGUGUUGUAAAAAAAGGAGUUUGUACCAUGCCUACGAAUGGUAGUGUCUCCAGGAAGGUUAUGUCAUUAAGUUUGUCGAUUACACUCAUUUUGUCGUGUAAGCUGACGUUGUAGAGCAUUAUUCAAGAUUAUGAACAGGCAUUCAUCUCCACUAAAUUACUAAAAGCAUUAUAGAAUAAUGGUAUUUGUAUGUGUAAGGUUUUUGUAUGAAUUAUCUUUAUUAUUUACUUCGUUUCUCUGUUGACUACAUGCCAACUCAGGGAGCGACGUACGACGCGACCAUGUUAUCAAUAGUUAUUACCCUAAAGAUUUGAUUUGAUUUCUAUAUCACAAAUUGUUUAUGCUUAACCUUAAUGUCUUGUCGUUCAAUUGCUUAUGAUGAGAAGGUAUUAUAUUGAUUUUAUGUUAGAUGUAGUCAAUUUUCUGAACGGUAUUUUGGGAAUAUUCCUUUGGACUCCUCCAUGUUUAGGCCUAUGCUAACCAAAGUUGCUAGCUCUUAUUUCCAUACUUUGACAGUUCUAAUUUGUUUCUGAUUGGUGUGUAAUGCAAGCAAUUGGGUAGGGCUAAUACUGUUGAAGUACUCUCUCAAACCAACAAACAAGGAAAAUACAGGUAUUGCAUCAACAAUACAAUAUUUGUUUUUAAUCAGCCAAGCAGAGUUUGUUCAUAAGAGUAUUAGGCCUAUAAUGGGCUCACAACUGGUACCGUACUUUGUAUAAUUUUACCCAUCCGAUACACACUAAAUAUUGUAAUAACACAGUAAUGUAUAACUUUUAUUACAUUAUUUUUUUCAAUUUUGUAUUGUUUAAACCUUCCGUACAUUAAACAAAAAAGUGACUGUAAUAUAUAUUUUAAAAAUAUGAAAAUUAUAAUUUGCAGAAAAGAAUGCUUAUAUACCGAUUUAUUUAAUCGAGUGAAAAACAUCUUUGUUAUUUGCUUGCUCGUGGCAUUGUUAUGAUUUUAUGAGUUUAAGUGGCGGAUUAACAGAGAGGAUAUACUCAUUAAAAUGAGUGCUGACUCACUAGGGUAUAUGUUGAUUUGAAAUUCUUUAAAUUGACAAAAUAACAUCCAAAUCAUGAGCAGAUUUGAAAAAAAAAUAAUCAAACGAGUUGAAGGCAUUGAAUACGAACGAAAUGUUUGCAGGUUAUCAACAUUAAAACAAUACAUUGAAUUGUCCUAA